AUGCUAGUUGGGUUCAUCUUUAGGUGCAGCUAUAAUAACAGGCUUACUUGGCCUAAAGGCAAAGCUGGUUUGCUUGGCCUUGGCCACACCAACAUGUCAUUUCUCGAACAAAUCGCGUAUAAGUAUGGCUGGUUUUUCUCUUACUGUCUACCCUCGACCUCAAGUUCCAUCGAUUAUCUUACCUUAGGCAGAGACGAAACUUGGUUUUCUAGCAACAUAAAAUUCACAUCCCUCUCUUCCAUCUCUGGAAACUCAUCAUUUUACGGCCUUAACAUGACAGGUAUCAGUUUUUGUGGACACGCAUUGCCCAUUUCGGCCACAGGUUUCUCAUAUUCAGGGACGAUAAUUGACUCGGGGACAAUCCUAAUGUGGUUGCCCCCAACGGCGUACAUCGCUUUGCUCGAUGCGUUUCGGGAAGUGAUGAAACGCUAUCCGUCAGCUCCACUGUUUGAGAGAAUUGAUACAAGCUGUGACCUUAGUGGCUAUAAAAAAAGUGUCAUUUCUGAAAAUGGGGAUGACUUAUGCGCCUAG